UACUGUUUAACAAUGCUGUGAACAAAUUAAACUGGUGAGAGUGGGAAAGGUGUAUUUUAAGGUGGGAGAAGUUUAAUUUUUAAAAGUCCUCAGGACCUAAAGUGCCUGUAAUUGAACAAACACCCAUAAAAGUAGAAUAAGCAGCCACAUGCUACAAUAGGUCACAACAGUUGAAUGUGUCUUUUCAACUCUAUUGAAAAGACACAUUUGAUGUUCAAUUAUGACGUUAUGAAUGUUUGAUUCUAUUUUAAGAUGAGAGGCAAGGCACCCUUCGACUUAGCAACCUCACCAAAAGCAUGUCUGGCAAGUAUGUUUGCCGUGCCAGCAACAUGGCUGGGACUGACAGCUGCCACAUCAAUCUAGAGGUCUCCACCCCUAACAAUGCCUGGGUGAUCGCCGGGGCUACGGUGGGCUCUGUGGUGGGUCUGAUGGCUCUGGUCUUAUUCCUGAUCUUUAUUCUGAGGAGAAACCAUGACACAGAGGAGGAGAUUGCCAAUGAGAUCAAGGAAGAUGCACAGGCCCCGAAACGCGUCUCCUGGGCUAAAAGCGGCACAGGAUCGGACAUCAUAUCAAAGAAUGGCACAUUGUCCUCCAUAGCCACCAGCCCUCCUGCACAGGACCCUCAGCAUCCACUCCAAAACAGCCAUUACCCAUUCCCUCCGGGUGCCUCGGACACCGCCUCCAUCCUCACCACCUCCGGUAGCACAACCACAUACCGCCUCCGCCCAGGGGAGCCCAACCCACUGCAUGGCUUGCCCGGAUACAACGGCAGCAGCACACUAAAUCACACACACCGCCACCAUCACCACCAUCACACUCCCGCAGUCCUCAAUCCCAACAGCUGCUCUACACACAGGACUGAGGGGCCGCAGCCGCAGACCCCACGCCCGCUCAACAUGCCUAUAAACACUGCCACCCUGUCCCGCAUGGGGGCCGUGCCCAUUAUGGUGCCCAACCAGAACCACGCCGGGUCACUGGUAUAACGACCCUCAAGACAAAUAAUGUGCUAACGGCUAGCCAAACGUACGUGGGGAAGGGUUUCGACAAAUAUGGCGAUAAAUGACAAAUUUGGCAAACGUUUUAUACAGAUUAAAGUACAGUAAAAAAUUGUUACAUGUCAAAAAUCACCUUUGAUUUGUUUUCUAAAGUAUUACAUUUUUUUGUAUGAGCUUAAUUUGAUGCCUAAACACUCUGUGAAGUUCUUCUCAUCAUCUUUUCAAACCGUUACACUGACCGAGAACAGUAUUUUUUCAUUUAUUUUGUCAGUUUUACAGUGUGUUAUACAUUUUGAUGGGAUGCAGAUGUCCACUUUUUGUAACAGUUGUGUUUAUGGAUUCAGAUUGGUCCAGUUAUUUAGACAUUCAGUUAAAUUUAUGACAAUAACCUUUAGCAUCAGCUGUUCUUGUGCCUCUUGUGCCUCCGUUUCUCUCAGGAGUUUUCCGUUUUCCUGUCAAGCAGUUGACAGAUUUCUGAAACAGAGCAGGUUUUAUUUCAAAUGUAACAUUUUCUGAUCAUUCAGAGGAUAUUGAGGGAUGACUGUAAAGAAGAAAAUAAAAUGAAAGCCCAUGAAAAUGCUGUCUUAAAAUGUCUUAUGAUGUAGAGUGUAAAAGAAAGAAAUGCCAGUAUGCUUAUUUACUUGAGCAGGAAGGACUCUUCAUUGGUAAAACAUUUGAUUAUGAAAGUUACAUGGAAGUGUCCAUUUGUUCAUUCAUGUGUUCAUGAUGUACGAAAAACUAGCCUUGUUGUUUAAUGACUUGAAUAUUGACAGCAAUGUUUUAUCAUUUUUGAUAUUAGUGUUAAUGCUGAAUGUUAUUGUGAAUAUUCAGGUUGAAGAUAUUGUUUACUCUGUAACUAGGACUUUUCCACUCAUUUUGUUAUUUUCAAAUUGCCAUUAUAUGGAAUUGAAAGCAUACAGUAACUGUCCACAUGAUGGAAGCAGAGAAGUAAGAAACAGGCUCAAAGUGGAAAAUGUCUCAGUGAGGUUCAAGUGGUGGUACUUGUUUUAAUCGCUUACCAUAAUGUUCUGCUUAUUAAACCAGUACAAAAUUGCAUUGUAAAACAUUGUUCAAACAUUUUUAAAGAGUACAGCUAG